GCUGGGCCCCAGUUGGGUGGCUGAAGAAGGCAGUGCCGCGGGGAAGAAACCUCUGAGCUACAGCCCCAUAGCAGGGCCAUGAUAAGAACUCAGGACUGUAUAUCCCAGAAGCGGGGGACAGCGUGUGCGGCUCGGCUGGAGACUGAGCUACAAAGACCAGCAGAGAGAGCCAGCAGCCGGGGGAGCACUUGCAAGAGGCAGCUGCCACCCUGUUGUAAGACUGAAAAAGAAAAGCAGGUCACACCUAACAUGGAGAAAGGGGCCAGUCAUGAGAGGUGGGUGCCCCACCCCCAGGAAGAACUGUGUUUGCAGGCACUAUCAGCCAGAGAAAAGGGGCCAUGCACGAGAGGCGGGCGCUGACCCUGUUACGGGGGCACAUGAAGGAAUUUGGCUCUGGAGGAGGGAUAAGGGAUCCCUCCGCUGUUAAAAGUUGUGCAUGGCUGAGAGCUGGAGUUGGACGUUGUGUAUUGAGGCCUGAUUGCAAUGGAAGGCUGUCGCUUUAAGAAUGGGGGCAGGGAGUGGAGUUUCCUUGUCCUGCUGCCAGUCUUGGGGGCUCCAUGGGGAAGCAUGGGACCAGAAGCAGCCUGGAAGAAACCAGCCUAGAAAACAGUGGGCUGAGUUCUCUCACUAUCUUAGGGAGCAGCCUGCUUUGUCUCACUCUUGUAUGUGGUUGCUGUGUAGGAUUGUUCUAGAUUCCCAGAAACAGUCACCUUAGGCUGCAACCUUCCAGCAGGAGUAUUUGAGGUUUGUCUCUGACUUCUCCAGGUGGGUGCUGUGAAUAUACCAACCACAAGGCAGGUCAGAGGUGCCGUUACUCCAGAACUGUGGCAAAUGGCUCUGUGAUUCCACCCACCCUGUCAACCGGCUCGUGCAAGCGCCAUCCCUUGUCUGGCUGAAAUAAAAUCAAUCUGUGAUAAAUCCCCUGGCAGGAGAUUUGGCUGCAUCACAGACCCUAGCACCGACCUACUGCUUCUCCAUCACCAUGGAGGCUUCUCUUGCCGCCUGCAUCCUCGCUGCUCUCCUGGCUACGGGGGCCUGUCUGCAGUGUGAGGUUUGCGAAGGCCAAGGAACCAGCUGCACGGGCAGCAUGCGGCCCUGCCCAGCUGGGCAGGACUCUUGUGCCAUCGCUGUGACAGUAACCACAAUGGCAGGAGUGAACACCCAGAGCAUUCACAAGGGCUGUGUGAUGUCCAGCCAGUGUGGAGCCGGCCCCGUCUCGAUGAAUUUUGGGUAUGGAAUGACGACAAGGACGAGCAUCGCCUGCUGCGUGGGAGAUGCCUGCAGAACAACCACAGUUGCAGUGCCCCCGGCUGACCCCAAACCCAACGGCCGGCGCUGCCCAGCCUGCUACGCGUUGCAUGCUGAUCAGUGUGCAGAAGUGCCCAUAAAUUGUACUGGAUCCGAGACCCGAUGUCUCGACGCUACUGGGACCAUAACAUCUGUGAGGAAACUUUCAUUCUCACAGGUGGGGUCAGCAAGAAGCCAAUUAAGAACAGAAGCAUGGCCGCACUGGGUCAGGUGAGUGGUGCAGGUGGCCCGGUGUCCGACAGGGGCACCCCCAGAACUUCAUGGGCAGUGCACAGAACCCUGUGAUUUUGGAGAGACCCACCCCGUCUUCCCCUCCCAGCUUGUGGCAGUUGGAGGGGUAGGGACAGCCGGAGUGUGGCAUUGUGUCUCUGACCGUUUUGGCCAAUAGCCAUGGAUGGCCCUAAUCUCCAGGAAUGUAUCUAGCUCUUUUCUGAACCCUGCUGUACUUUUGCCCAUCCCCUGGCAAGGAGUUCCACAGGUUAAUUGUGUGGCAGGGGAAAAGUACAGCGUCUUGUUUGUAUGAAACCUGCUGCUUGUUCGUUUCAUUGGGUGACCCCUGGUUUUGGUGUUGUGGGACAGGGGAAAUAGCAGUUUUUCAGUCACUUUUUCCAUGGCCUGGCAUGAUUUUCUCCCCAUCUGUCACACCCCCCCUGACGCUUCCCCCCAGUAGGUCAAGGCUGAGAAUACCACAUUUAGGACAGACGUGCUCCACGCGCCUGGUGCUUCUAUCAUUAGAGCUUACUGAGCCAGUAACAGAGAUGGGCUUGUGUGUCACCACACUGGUUAACAAGAAGCCACAAACACAGGCCCCGCAGGCAGGCCAGCCCCUGGCUCACCACCCAGAUACGUUUUUAGGCUUUAUGAUGAAUUGUUCCUGAAAACCAGUUUCACCAGAAUUAGCGUCCUUCCGCUCCCAAUGCAUUAGCCACUUAGCCAGCUCAAUAUGAGUCAGAUCUUACCCAGUAAGCAUGUCUGCCGAUUCUUAUAGUAACUAGAACCUACAGGUUUAAUAAUGGGAGAGUUAUAAGUGGUUAGUGGAUCAUAUACCCACAAGUAUCAGGGGGUCAUUGUGUGGGCCUGUAUCCACACCAAAAACCAGGAGGCCAGUGGUAUCUUAAAGACUAACAGAUUUAUUUGGGUGUAAGUUUUCAUGGGUU